GCAAGCUACCCGUUUCCAUGGCAACAAGUCCAGCCUUCCAAAGAAGAGGCUGGAGAGCUUCAUUCCUCUCUUUCUCUUUUUUUUUUGUGGUCAGUAUUACUUGUAAAGACAUGAGUGGGACAUUAUUGCAAAGGACAGGUAUCCGGAGAACUUUAAUGGACUAACAUCUCAAAAUGUCAGCCGUCAUGCGCUCGAGGAACUACUCGGAGGUGAGUGGGUGGUUUGCAGGCAAGUAUGACUGCCAACAAGAGUCCAAAGGCUGUGCCUCAGGCAGGAGGGGGUAAAGCUCCACAGGAUCCCCCUGACAGGUGCCAGUCUGCAUCUCCCUCUCCUGCUGUGUCCAGUGGCAAGGGUCCGAGCGAGCCACCUCUCCUCGGUGACGGGAAGCAUUACGAGAAACAGAGCAAGUACCUCAGGACAGACGGACGCUUUUUGGCACGUGUUGGCUGGAACAGCAAGACCGCAAACUUUGGCAGCGGAUCGUCCUUCACGGGUGAUUUUGAGUCACGACACCGUCUGACAAAGUCAAAGAGCAUCAGCUGCCUGGACAACCGUCUCUCCAUCUAUAAGCCUCAAGCUAAGGAGUAUUGCGAAAGUCAAGACGCUCAGGAGCAAAAAGAGAACCAAGGGGGGGUUUCUCCAUCGGAGGGAUUUAAUGGUAGACCCCUGAGUUGGAGUACCCUUUCACUCGGGUCUCUCUCUAACCAAGAUCACAAGCGCAACCUUUCUAUUAACAGGCCAUUAACGGGUGUUCUUCCCACCACAGUCCGCAAAAAGAUUUCAGAAUGGGAGUGCAGAAGGGUCACUUUGCCUAGGAUGAGCUUGUGUCUGGAUAAAAGGUCAGGACGAGAGCGCAUCGGAGGCAGUGAGGGCUGCCCAAGUCUGCUCUCUUCUCCCUGUAGCGAGAAGGCUUUUGACUUUAAGGGGAUUCGCAGGAUGAGCACAGCUUUCUCAGAAUGCUCCUACACAGAGACAGAGGAAGAGGAAGGAGCUUCCGACAAAGAUGGCUUAGGCCGCUUCCAGAAACGGAUAACAAAGACUGAAUCAUUCGGGGCAUUUGUACGCUCACCGUCUGCUCGUAAGGAGACCUCGGCGGUCCUCAACAGGAUACAAAAAAUAGAACAAGCCCUGAAGGAAAAUCCUAGCCCGCCCCCUCCUCGUUAUCUGAGUAAAUGCUACGCUUCAGACAAGACAAGACAAAAAUCUUUUGUGAUUGGUGAAGACUUUGAUAGCACAUGCACCAGCAAGCGUAGUAGUAUUUGCUCCAUAGCCACGGAACCGGAUUCUCUUUCGGUACCUGAUAAGUUGGCAAAACACAGGCAAAGGUUCAGCGUGGCUUCAGUCAGGUCGAUAAGCCCAGAACCAGCCAGCCAACAGAUGUCUGGUGGACCUCCCAUCAAUCCCCUACCUAAACCCAAGCGAACUUUUGAGUAUGACGCCAAACGUGAGGAGAAGGGCACAUUGUCAAUGAACGGACUACCUCCAGACUGUGAGUCUCCGCCCCCCCUUCCCUCGACCCCUGCACCAAGCACCACACGGACGGUGAAGUUGGUGGGCGGCACUUCCAGCCCAUCACAAAACAGAGAGCCUUGUGAAUCAGCGGAAUCGACAAGUCUGCUGUCGUCACAACCCUCUUUGCCGACAGAGAAUGGCACAGUAACCACAGAGACGCUGAUUCAACCCAAUUCCAAAAGCACUUUAGAGGAGAAUGCGUAUGAGGAUAUAAUAGAGAAGGAGAACCCAUAUGAGGAUGUUGACCUAAAGCGAAGGAGCUUGGGUCGGAAAACUUGUCAUUUGGAGAGCAGCAGAUCCUGGACUGCCAUGGAUCGGAAGCAAAACUCUCCACCUCAGUUGCCGUCCAAACCCAGCAGUCAGUCCCUUCGCCUUCUGAGCACCAACGACCGGAAGAGUCACCGAGUGUCAGAGCUGUCCAAACGCCACAGUCAUGAUGAAGCGUUGCUCCUCCCGCAGAUGGGUGUAUCAGCUUCCUCUUGUGGCCUGCUGGAUGAUAGCCUUUGCGGGACCGGUGAUAACCUGGCCUCACACAGGCAUUGGCGGAUUCCCAAGUUGGUCCAGAGAAUCAACUCCAUUUACUGCAGUAAACGUGGAAAGAAGAGACUUAAAAAGCUGUCCAUGACCAAUCUCGACACCUCAUCUUUGAGAGAUGACAACAGCGAGAGUGAGAGCGAUUCUGAUGACAGGUUCAAAGCUCACACCCAGAGGUUGUUGAAAUUGCAAUCCAUCCUUCGACGGGCCCCCAGCUACCGCACGCUGGAGCUGCAACUAAUUGAGUGGCAGGAGAGAGAACUCUUUGAGUAUUUUGUCGUUGUGUCUUUGAAAAAGAAGCAGAGCAAGAACUCUUACUCCCCAGAGGUCACUUACCAGUUCCCCAAGCUGGGGAGGCUCACCAAGCAGAUGAGAGAGGCAGAACAAAGGCUCAAAGCUAUCCCUCAGUUUUGUUUCCCUGAUGCCAAAGACUGGAAUCCUGUCACGGAGUUUUCCAGCGAGACCUUCUCCUUCAUGUUGACCGGAGAAGACGGCAGCAGGAGGUUCGGCUACUGCAGACGCUUGCUGCCGAGUGGGAAAGGACCUCGGCUUCCAGAAGUUUACUGUGUCAUCAGCAGGCUAGGCUGUUUUGACUUGUUCUCCACUAUCUUAGAUGAGGUCGAGCGGCGGCGAGGGGUAUCAGCAGCGCUGGUCUAUCCCUUCAUGAGGAGCCUGAUGGAGUCUCCCUUUCCUGCGCCCGGAAAGCUCAUCAAAGUCAAGACUUUUCUGCCCGGUGCGGGAAAUGAGGUCAUCGAGCUUAGGCGGCCCACCGACUCCAGACUGGAGCACGUGGACUUUGACAGUCUGUUUGGUUGCCUGGGCGUUCGGCAGGUUGUUCGGGUCUUUGCCUCGCUUCUGCUGGAGCGCAGGGUCAUCUUUGUGGCUGAUAAACUCAGUACGCUGUCCAGCUGCAUGCAUGCCGUGGUCGCGCUACUCUACCCCUUCUCCUGGCAACACACCUUCAUCCCCGUUCUGCCCGGGUCCAUGUUGGACAUCGUCUGCUGUCCUACUCCCUUCCUGGUGGGGCUGCUGUCCAACUCCUUGCCCAAGCUCAAAGAAUUGCCUGUAGAAGAAGCAUUAAUGGUGGACCUCGGAACUGACCGUUUCAUCAGACAGAUGGAUGACGAGGCCUCGCUGUUGCCACGGAAACUUCAAGCAGCUCUGGAACAAGCGCUGGAGCAGAGGAACGAUAUCAUCAGUCAGGACUCAGACAGCGAGUCGGACGAAGAGUACAACUCUUUAAACAGUUUGGUGUCGGAGGCCUUCAUUCGCUUCUUCCUGGAGACAAUCGGCCACUACUCUCUGUUCAUCACCCAGAACGAACGCGGCGAGCGCCUUUUCCAGAGGGACGCCUUCCGCAAGUCGGUGGCGUCCAAGAGCAUUCGCCGUUUCCUGGGGGUUUUUAUGGAGUCACAGAUGUUCGCAGGCUUCAUCCAAGACCGAGAGCUCAGGAAGAAUCGUGCCAAAGGACUGUUCGAGCAGAGGGUGGAUCAGUAUCUGGAGGAGCUGCCAGACACGGAACAGAGUGGCGUCAACAAGUUCCUCAAAGGCCUUGGGAGCAAAAUGAAGUUUCUCCACAAGAAGAACUGAAGUGGCCACGUCCCAAUUUCAAGCCUGGCGUUCUGCAGUUAUUUUAUGUAAACUUGUACAGUACAUAUUUCAAUGUGAGCUGGCCUUGAUACUGGUCAGAGUAUGAACUAUAACCAUGGCAGGAGGGUACACAGCAGGUUGGCCAUACUGAAACCACUGGUAGACUUGUAAAGAGUGUAUGUGACACGACAAUGGCAUGAAAUGUACAGUUUGUAUGCUUCCAUGCUGCAUCAGUUCAAGGCAGAAGCAUCGGAAUCUAUUCUAAAGUGCAUCAAGAAGGUGAACUGUAAAGAUAUUUUGCAAUCUUUCAAUAAAAAUCUUCUUUAAAACAA